CAGUGGGGCGAUCGGGCGAUGCGGUGACGUCGGUGCUUGUGGGCGCUGCCAUUGGCGGCGGCGGGGUGACGGGCGAUGUGGCGCGUGCUGCGGAGGGCCGCUACCGCCGGCCGUUACCGCGGAGCCCCCCUCCCUCAGGGGCCUCUCUGCCUCCGCCGCCACCAGUCGCUCCCGACCGCCGCCCGGGCCCGGAGAACGUGUGCUACCCUCACAAUGCCUGAAGUAAACACCGAUCACCUGGAUGAGCAGCAGGUGCAGCUCUUGGCAGAGAUGUGCAUCCUUAUUGAUGAAAAUGAUAAUAAGAUUGGAGCAGAUACCAAGAAAAACUGUCACUUGAAUGAAAACAUUGACAAAGGUUUACUGCACCGAGCUUUCAGUGUUUUCUUAUUUAAUACAGAAAAUAAACUGUUGCUGCAGCAGAGGUCAAAUGCAAAAAUUACAUUUCCAGAUUGUUUCACCAACACUUGUUGCAGUCACCCUCUAAGCCACCCGCUAGAACUGGAAGAGAAUGAUGCCAUCGGUGUGCGGAGAGCGGCACAGAGACGUCUGAAAGCAGAGUUAGGAAUUCCCAUGGAGCAGGUAACUCCAGAAGAAAUCUCCUACCUGACACGAAUCCACUACAAGGCCAAGUCUGAUGGGAUCUGGGGUGAACACGAGAUCGACUACAUCUUGUUUGUGCGGAAGGACGUGACGCUGAAUCCCGACCCCAACGAGAUCCAGAGCUACUGCUACGUGACUCAGAAGGAACUGAAACAGCUCUUGGAGAAAGCCUCCAAGAACGAAGUUAAAAUUACUCCGUGGUUUAAACUAAUUGCAGAGACCUUUCUUUUUAAGUGGUGGGAUAACUUACCUAACUUGAACAAAUUUGUUGAUCAUGAAAAGAUACACAGAAUGUAAAUAGCCGGGGUGGAAGAUGCUGAAGGCUACAGCCAUGUGCUGGCUCGGUAACCACUGACUAUUGGGUGCAGCAAAGUGAUCCACCUGGAGCAUGUUUAACAAAUAACUUUAUACAGAGAUGGUUAUAAACAAUGUUUUUUUCUUCUCUUCCCCUCCUCUUACCCCCAGCCCCGUUCCUCCUGGGCGAGUUAAGCUUCAUCUCAUAUAAAAAUGGGUGAUGGUAAUGUAAGAACCCCCCUGGGUUCAUCUUUCUCCAUUGCCUGGUGUGACAUGGAAGACCCUCAGCCCGUGUGUGCCCAGUUGCUGUCAGGUCCUGGCCCAGGGGCUGCAGGGGAGGUGGUGCCUCCUCUCCAGCUCCUUGGGUGGAACUGGCACCUUCCCAACCGAACGGGACGCCGCCUCCCAAAAUAGUGAUUGCAAAAGAGCUUGAGUUCUGCGUUGCUGUUGAGAAGGCCAGCUGCCUGAAGAAAACGCAAUUAAUUCAAAGUAAUCAGGAUUAUUUUUAAUUGCAGAAAGCAAAUCUCUUCAGCUGCUGUACUCUAUAAUUAACCAGACACAUAAAAGCGUAAGUAAUUGGAUUGUCUGCACAGACCGAGGUUCACUUUGAAGUCCUGCAAUAGUGUCACAGCUCUGGGUGAUAAACACUGCGGGGCUGGUGGGGUUUUUUUUCCCCACCAACCUUUUCUGGUGAGUUGAUGGCUGAGUGAGGGCAUCCAAAAAAAAAAAAAAAUAAAUAAAGGGGAGAGGGGUAAUUAAUUACAGCAAAUGUAACUGUAGCCUGUCCAGUGUAGGAAGUAGCCUGUGUCCAGAGAAGGGACACGCAUUCCAUGACUCUGCUCCAUCUUCCAGAAAACAAAGGCCUCUCGAUACAAGGUUGAGUUUUUUUUCCCUGAAACAUCUACUGGAAUAGUCAUUCCUGGAAAACUCAAACCCCUUGAACUCCAAAAUUCAAGAUUGACAGUUUACAGGCUUACAUCAGGUCUUCAUUUCAGCUAAUCAGAAAUUGUACCAGAGGGCAAGAGCUAAUCCUUUUUGAUCCUGCAGUCAAUUGCUGGUAACGAGGAAAAGGGAAGGCUUUUUUUAGUAGGACAAAUUAUCAAGGGUAUCUAUCUCAAUUUGAAUUAAAGAUUUUUGUGUUUGGGUUUUUCUUUUCCAAAAGAAAAGCUUAGUUGUGGGGUUUUUUUUUCUGUUAGCAGACUACUCAAUCUAGGUUUCUUAAAUUAUCUUCUUCCAGAAGCAUCUUGAUGAAGAAGGGUGGUGUUCAUGCCACUUCGUGCAUGUAAAACGUGGCUUUAACUUGUCUGUGUCUGGUUUUGAGGUGAAACUAAACUUUUCCAAUGGUCAACGUUCCUCUUUGGCACCGCAGUUGUGGCUGCAGCGCUGAGGCUUCCCUGUGCUGGCAUCUCCAGCCGUUAAACACCUGACAGCUUUCAGAGCCCAGCGUGUUGGAUGUCACCCUGAGCUGAGGGAUCCUCUUGAAGCAGGUGCCAGCGGGUGAGGGAGCAGUGUCCCUGCUCUCCUGCAUUCAGUGCCAUCAGCCACACCACCGAACUAAUACAUUAGAGGACUUUUCAAAUACUUAAAGUACUUUUUAAAUAAAAUUGUGUCUUAAAAGAUAAAAUUAUGAUUAAAAUACCUAACCUAAAA